GGCAGUUGGAGGUCAGAGAUGGCAAGUCUCAACUGGAGGAUGCUGAAGGCGGCCAUGGAGCACUAUCUCUCUGCUGGUUCCCAGACUGCGGACGAGGUGUUGAGGCCAGAGGAGAAGCUGGAAGAGAUCAGUCACAGACGACAGUUGCUAGGCAUAGGACCUACUCAGCUCUUGGAUAUGCCACUUGGUGCCAAGCUCCCCUUGCUACCAGGCUCCAAUACAUUGUUCUAUAGAACAAAUCUGGGUGAAAAGCUUUAUCAACCUCCUAGUGGCUUUGAUCUUGGUGAUCCUUACUGUCGCUUAAUGACAACAAAAUAUAGAAGUCUACAUGAUCCACAUUUGCGUUCCUAUUACAAGCGCAAAAAUAAUCUACGGAGAUUAAAGAAAGGAGGUUAUGUCACCAACGAUAACAAAGUUGUGUGUACACUAAAGGAAUUCAAUGAAUACCGGCAGUAUCUGACCACCCUCAAGUUAGAGUUUGAAAAAAAUUAUAUGAGAGAACAAAAAAUGCUUGAGAAACAAGUGACAAAACUACAGGAUCCCAUUCUGCUUCCAGAAGGUGCUGACACCUCUCACUUCAGAGAGUGGCUGCUCCGAGAAGAAAGAGAAAAUUUACAAGAACGAGAAAGACAGAUGAGGAACAGAUAUGUAGAUAUGAUUAAUAAAGAACUGGAAAAAAUUAAGUGCAUCGCAGAAGAAAAACAUCUCCUUCAACAGGCUGAGGAAGAGAAAAGGCAACACGAAAAAAAGAAAAAGAAACAACCUAUUCUUCAUAUAAAAAUGGAGGAGGAAUGGAAGCAAAAAGAGAUGUUACUUCUGCUGAAAAUUGGAGAGGAUGUGAAACGAGAAGCAAGAAUUGAGGAACUGCGAAGGAAAAGAAGAGAAGAGAAAGCUAAAAAGAAACGAACAGUGCUAGAGAAAAAAAUGGCAUACCACCUGAGAAAAUUGCAAGAGCAUGCUUAUCAAAGGGUAGAAUUUGAAAGUCAUGUAAAGUGCCUGAAUAAGCUGUUAUCUGAAGACCCAAAGAUUAAAAAUCAAGGAGAUGGUGCAACGAGUCUCUCUCGGCACCCUUCACUUCUUAACAAAAAGGAAAUUUCAAAAUCAUCACUCUCUUCAGUAACAUCUCAACCUACCUCUGAUGCGGUCAUGAGCAAGACCAGAGGCUCCUUAAAGAAAGAUUUAUGCUCUGGUAUCGAUGAGAAACUUUUGGACAAAAAGCCAAGUAGGGAACAUGAACUGGGCCAGUCCCCCUUGCCCAGAAGCAGCAGCAUCAAUGACAAACUUUCCUUAUAUGCCUCUGGUGAGUAUUCCCUACAAGCAACCAGCAGCACCAUUGGUGAUCUUUCCAUCUCUGCCUCUGUGGAGCACGGUGAAGAAGCAGUCAGUAGCAGCACUAGCAAACUCCCCAUUUCAUCCUCUGUUGUCUCUCAACAGGGCUUUGAUGAGAUUGCUAAUAAUGUCACAGAUGAGAAAAGAAAAUCUCUUCAGAAACAAGAAGUGCUAGAGAACAACAUGGAAUUGCAGGAGCAUGAUUAUCAAAGGGAAGAACAUGGAAGUCAUGAAGAGGGCCUAGGAGAUAGUGCACGGAGUCCCUCUUGUCAACCUUCACUUCUUGAGGGAGAGUAUGUUACAAAACCAUCACUCUCUUCAUUAACAUCUCAACCUACCUAUGCUACCAUCAUGAGUAAUACCAGACACUCUUUACAGAAUGAUGUAUACUCUGCUGUUGAGAAGACUGUUUUGGACAAAAAGCCUAGUAGGGAGCAUGAACUGGGCCAGUCCACUUUGCAAGAAAGCAGCAGCAACAAUGACCAACUUUACUUAUCUGCAUCUGGCGAAUUCCCCCCACAAGCAUCUAGCAGCUACACUGGCAAAGUUUACAACAGUGAGAGCAGCAGACCUGACAACAGCAGCAAUGUUGGUGACUUUUCCAUCUCUGCCUCUGGGGAGUGCUAUGAAGAAGCAGGCAGUAGCAGCACAGGUGCUAUUCUUUCUAAUCGACCUUCACUUAAUGGAAAGUCUUUUCCACAAACGUUCCUCUCUUCACUGGUCUCUCAGCAGAGCUUUGAUGAGAUGGCUAAUAAUGUCACAAACAGAGCACUUUUCCAGAACACCAUAACUGAAGAACUGAACAAUACAAUAGAGAAUAUCCUGACACGGGUCGUGGCUGAAGUAACAAGUAUCUUAUACCCAGCAGUAACUGAGUAUGAAGAGAGAAUUAGAGAUACAGUAUAUACAAUAUCUGAAGAGUCAGCAUUCUCUUCAGACAACUCUAGUAGCUGUAGCACAUGUAAUGAAGAGCUCUUUGAUGUGUUUGCAAGUCUUCCAUCCUCCAGUACCAGAAAGAUCAUCUUUACAGAUACAAGCAUAAAAGCCACCAGCUCACCAAGUGAUCUCAAGGUAGUGACAGGAGGGAAGCCAACUCCAUUGCAAUCUCAAAAAUCAUCUUUCACAUCUCUAUCAAAGAGCACACAGAGGUCUCUGGAAAGUGAAUUUUGGAAAGAAAGUGUUCACAAGGGGAAAACAGCAACACCACCUCACUAUCAUACUGAAAGUAUUUCGAGAUUGCGCCGGGAAGUUGCGGGCAUGGGAGCUAUGUCUAAGUUUCCCACGAAGACUUUCAACACAGAGAAGUUUCCUUUUAGCCAAACUUAUUUUAAACAUGAAUCAGCAACAAAAGAUAGCAAGCCAAAAAAAGGUCUGAUUGGUGAGGAUAUUUUUUCAGACUUAAAUCAAGAUCUUCCUAAAGGAGGUAUUUUUAAAAAAGUGUUUGAUAAGCAAACAGUAACAGAUGCAAAUGACAAUGACAACUUGAAAAUGCUACAAGUGGCUGAGAAUGUGGUCAAGGAAGUUUUUAGGAGAGUAAAAGAUCUAAGUGAUUCUGUCAGCAUUUUAAAGAAAGCUCCUAUUGAGCUUAGUGAAAGAUUGUUCUGUAGUAGUUUUAAAAGAACUGAAUUUCCUGAGACUUUUCAUAAAGAGUUCCAGAAAGAAAUUGGAUUAGUUGCUAAAGAGAUUGUAGCGACUGUUUUUGAUAACUUUCACAAGUGUUUGGUGUCUAGCAUCACUAUGGCAUCAGACCAAGAACCUGUAAUAAGAAGGAAAGACCAGGUCCCUGCCAGAAGAACUAGCAGAGUUUCUAAAUCAGAAAAAAAUAAGAUCAUGCAAGCAGAAUUGCCUGCUUAUGACCCAACAUUUUCUUCGUUUACUAUUGAUAAAAUAGCCAAAGAGGCUGUGGAAAGUGUUGUAUUCACACUAGAGUCAUUUGUAGCCUUUCAGUUUAAACAUGACUUUAAAUGUAAAUUUUCUGAAAUAGUGAAACUCCCCGUUGAAAAUAUUUCUAGUGCACAACAGACACCAUUCUUAAGGCCUCUCUCAACCCAGAUAGCAAAUGAAAUAGAGGGAUCAUCUAAAGCAUUUGAAGGUGAAAUGCCAGGAACUACAAGUAAAAGAACACUGCCAACCUUAGAACAAUUCCAGAGUUCAUCAGAUGUAUCAAGGGUAAGCAGUAUGAUUACAAAGGAAAGCAUAGAAAGUGCUAUUGUCCAAGUGCAAGGUCUCCAUUCAGAAUUGAACAUUUACGCUACAAUUGCUGUUAAUAAUGUUCUUGAAAUCUUCAAGCGGAAGCUAGAAAAAGAAAUUAGCCAAAGGCAAACAAUCCCAUUGUAUGAUGACUCCGAAGAAAACAUUAUGGCAGGUGAGAUAAUUGGUACUGUAUUAGAUCGAUGUGCUCAGCCUCAAACUGAAAUUACUUUGGAAUUGAAAUCUGGGACUCUUGAUAUGGAAAAGUCUGGACGAACAUUUGGAAAUAAUAAAAUUCAUGGCCAAGGUGUUGCAAUGUCAGAAGGAAUAAAACUGCCUGCUAGAAAAUUAAGAGAAAUGGACCCAAGGGAAAACUUUCCACCUAUCAAUGUUCCUGGAAUGGUGAUUUAUUCUGAGGAAGAAACAGAAAUGGAAGAGGAAAUUCCAUCUUGUCUCUGUCCAACAAUCCACAAAUUCUCAGAGCGGGAUGCUCACACCUCAUCAGAGGUGAGCAAAAAGUCUAUGUACUACAUGUCAGCUCCCACAACAAGACCUUGUAGACCAUCGCUGGGAACAAUAACUAAACAAAGAGCAAUUAGCUCCAGGAUGACUCUACCCCCUAUUGGUAAGCAGUUUCCAAGAAAACCCUUCUCUCCACUGGGCGUAAUGAAAUCUCCCAGAGAUGAAACAAGGCAUAGGCAGGUGUAUGAAGAGCACUGCCAGUUCAUGUCAACACAUGAAACCAAGUAUCAGCUAUCACAAUCACAAGAUUGUGCAUUACCUGCAAUAGUAGUAGAAGAAAUAAUAAGUAAAUUGGUGUCUACAAUCUUAAACUCCGUUUGUAGCACAAGCCUGGAACACACAAAAUGUUUAUCAAAAACCGAAGUGAAUGAGAUUACGGACACACUUAAACAGUCAGUAAAAAAAAGAAUGUCCAAAAGUAAAAUCAGUCUUGUAAGAGCUGUAGAUGAAGACCAACAUUUAAAUCCAGGGUAUGAAGAUAUUGUUAAUCAAGUGGUUCAAAGCAUUUACAAUAGUGUCUUGCAAGAAACUGGAUCUCAGCCAGCCCUUUAUCACGAUGUCACAAAUUGCAGAACAAUUUUUCCUGAACGAACAGCUAGUCUAAUAAUAAAUGAAAUCUCCAGUGGCCAGCUAAUACAUUCUUUUAAUGAAGAGUCACCAACUGAUAACUGCAGUGCUACAGAGGUUGACAGUACUGCUGACAAAGAUCUUUCAUCAGUCUCCAUUCAAAUAAAUAUUGAGGCAGGAAGUUCUAGACAGUCAAUGACCGAUGCAAAUGGGCAUCCAGCAGAAACACUGCUACAAGAAGAAGAGCUACCAAUUGAAAUAAUUGCUCAUAUUAGAGACAAACCAUUAGACAUAGAUCCACACCUUAUUUCAGACCAUUUAGCAGUUAUUUCCAUAAAAACAGAGCCUAUUGAGAAACUGAAUGAAACAUACAUAAGUCAUUCUGGACUAGAGCUACCAGAACUAAGAAAAGCAUCAAUAUCUAAAUCAAGUAUGCUAAGUACAGGUACUGAAAGUGAUAUAGAGAAAAGGAGAGAAAGACGGUCCUCUGUGAAUGCUUUAGGACGACUAGAUAUCAAACCAAAGGAUGUUGUUUGCAGAAAUUCAUUUCAGAACCUGAAGAAACCUGAUGUCACCAGGGUGGAACUUCUAAAAGAUGUCAAGAGCAAGGAGGAACUUAUUUUACGACUCGUCUCAUAUGAUAUUCAACAUGAUGAAGAUGAGGAUUUUGAACAAAUUGUAAAAGUAGAUUCCGCUUCGGUUUUUGAGAGCCAGGAAUAUGCAGCAGUGGAACAGGAAAUCAUGCCUGCUUAUGAGAGUGCCCCUUUGGCUGAUAUGUGGAAUAAUGUAAUUGCUGCCCAGGCCCCUGAGAAAGCGGAUCAGUACAAGAUUAUGGAAGAAACAACAUUAACUAACUUGGCAGGCCCUAAAUUGGACAUAGAUGUGCUGUCUGCUGUAAGCAAGGGCAUCCCAUGUUUAAGUGAGAGUGAAGUUCCUGAGACCCAGGACAAAGAUCCAUAUGUUAACAUGCCCCACGCUCAGGAUACUGAAGACACAUUAAGGAUGCCUGAGAUUGUCUUGUCCUACGAAGAUGCUGGAAAUAAAGGCUCCUCAUUACAAGAGAAAACAGGUGGAAAAUGUCAUAGCCCAGCUGCCUGCCAUCCUGGCCAGCCUGAUGGACAGCUGGGAGUUCUGUCAUGGAGGCCAGACAUCUCAACGUCCUCCUUCAGAGCAGCAGCAAACUUAGUGCUCCCAUUCUUCAGUGACAUAAGACUAACAUGGCUACCACUCUGAAGCCUGCAAAGAGGAUUCCCCAUGGUCAGUUUGAAAUCCACCAGUAACUUGACGCAAUACAGGCCAUAACAUUUCACAAGCUUUCCUGAUCCAAGAAACACAAACGAUAGCAGAUCGAAGCCUUCCCACUCUUUGCAGAAACAUGGACAGCGGAUGUACAGCAUCCCCUCCUGCAACACACUUCACCUGGGAAAUACUGACCAAAGGUACCCGAGAUUCCUUCGUUCUGUGGCUCCAGUGAGGACUCCUGGGACUUGAUUUUAUUUUUAAUUUUCUUCUUUUUCUUCUUCGUGCUCUGCCCUGGAUUAAAUGAAAUGAAGUUGG